CCUAGCAUUUAAAUUUUGAUGGGGAGCUGUUUUGAAUAAUAACAGUGCAGCCGGCUGUGAGUCAAUGCAUGUGUGUUGACUUAAAAAAAAACCCUCAAAGCUUAACGCUUGCUGAAUGCCGAGCUGCAGUGCUUUGCUUUUUCCCUCCUCCUUCCUUCUUUUCUUUCUUAUCUGGACUUCCUCUGUUUUGUUUUGUUCUUGGGGGCAUUUCACAUAGAUUUUGUUCACUGCCAGGGGAGGGGUGGGGUAAGAGGAAUAAAAAAAAAAUCCCAGCCAAAAUAAAUCCUCCCCAAAAACUCACGAGUAGCUUUUGCAAUGGGUGCUGUCAUGGGUACGUUCUCUUCUCUACAAACGAAACAAAGAAGACCAUCGAAAGAUAAAAUUGAAGAUGAAUUAGAAAUGACGACAGUGUGCCAUAGACCUGAGGGACUGGAACAGCUUGAAGCACAAACCAAUUUCACUAAAAGAGAACUUCAAGUUCUUUACAGAGGAUUUAAAAAUGAAUGUCCUAGUGGGGUUGUUAAUGAAGAAACAUUCAAGCAGAUCUAUGCACAGUUUUUUCCUCAUGGAGAUGCCAGCAUGUAUGCACAUUACCUCUUCAACGCCUUCGACACUGCCCAGAACGGCUCCGUGAAGUUCGAGGAUUUUGUGAUGGCAUUGUCCAUUCUGCUACGGGGAACUGUUCACGAAAAGCUGAGAUGGACAUUUAAUCUGUAUGACAUAAAUAAGGAUGGCUAUAUAAACAAGGAGGAAAUGAUGGAUAUCGUAAAGGCAAUUUAUGAUAUGAUGGGAAAAUACACAUAUCCAGUACUCAAGGAAGAUGCACCAAGGCAGCAUGUAGAAGUGUUUUUCCAGAAAAUGGAUAAAAACAAAGAUGGAGUUGUAACUCUAGAUGAGUUUAUUGAAUCGUGUCAGGAGGAUGACAAUAUCAUGCGAUCCUUGCAGCUCUUUGAGAAUGUCAUGUAACCAGAUGAGCACUGGAGGAGUCGAGACUUCUGUGUAACAAAGAUCUCCUUUCUGGGUGAAAGAUUUUACAAUUGAGCCAUGUCCAGUGUGUGAGGAUUUUGUAUGACGUCCAACCAAAUGGCAACUGAGUGCAACCAAUCCCACCGCUUCUCCCCAGAAGAUGCUGGUGGACCUUUGUUUCGUUUUGGAAGCAUGUGAAUAUUUUAAUAAAUCCCGACAAGAGAGAACUGCUGCUCGAAGUUCAAUGAGUAAUACAGAGCAUUGUUUGCUAGGCUCAAGUCCUGCUUUUAAUCUAGCAAGCUUAAUUCCCUAUGAUAGCACAUGUUGACAGCUAUUGGCCAUCUACUGCAAGUGACAUCUCAGUCCAUACCUCUGUUCAGCACAAUAUUCUGUGGAUGCCUUGCCUUUAAUCUGCUUUGACAAAACCCCAAUCUACCAGGGCAGUCUGUGAAAAAAUAUGAACAGUCAAUGUACCUAGGACAUUAAACAGACAGCCCAUGUAGCCAGUACCCCCAUUCCUGCAGAGAUCCUGCUUAUCCUCUCACAUGCACUGGUGCCACCACACUGAGUUCAGUGGAGUUCUUCCUGAGCAUUUUAACCAGGUGAUUUUCAUGCCAGGGUGAGCCAGAAAGGAGCAGAACGUGUUGCACUUAUUAAUAUAAAAGUACAGAAGAAAUUCUGUUCAGGGAUGGGAAGUUCCCAAGAGACCAGGCAGGUGUGUAAGGGCUGGUACAGGAAGAUGAACACCUGCUGUGGUCUCAGCCACCUGCUGAGUUCCAGGAGCACUAGGUGAUGCUCCACUGUGCAUCUCAACAGCACCCUGGCCAUGUGCUCUGGUCCUUUUGCUGUAGUUUGGCACACACUUCCUAGGUUCAUCACUGGAUGUUACAGUCUUGCUCCUUUAUGGAUUUAUUUAAGCUUUCUUGUUUGAUUUAGUGAAUGACAAAGAUGCAUCUGUGUUUCUACAUACAGACCUUGGCACCCAGAAAGUGCUCAGUACAUUUGGCUGGGAGCUCUUGAAUUGUUAUUAGCCUCAGAAUCAGCUGCCAGGCCUGUAUUUUUUUCCUAAUGGCUGUAGCAUGCCUUGUACAAGCCCCAUCUCUUUGCUAAUGCCACGUAGAGUAUUGGUUUAGGGGUUUGGUUUUUUAAUUAAUAAAACAGAAAAGGUCAUGUAGUGAAUUUACACCACAGUUGGGUGAUUGGUCAGCUGGGGGAUGUCAGAGCUUUCUGUGAAGAAGCCUCUUACACUAGAGUGCCAUUGCCAUCUCCAGGCAGACAAUGGCUGAGAAGGGAAGGAGGGAGAAGCCAGCUUUUCCAGCUGCUCAAACCAUGCAGAUGGGACACUCCCUGCCAUAGUGCUGCAUCACUCUCAUCCAGUAAGCAUCUGUUUUUAUUGCAUCACAUACUGUAUUACAGACAAACUGUUAGUACUGAAGAUAUAUUUAUAAAGUUAUGUAAGUGGAAGGUUUUUUACAAUACAGAAUAUAUAGAAUGCCUCAGUUCUGUAGCCCUAAUUUUAUAAAAAUUCAAUCUGUUGAAGUAUUCCUGAUUACAGACAGAUGUAGGUCUGUAUAAUGGUAAUGCCAAUUCCCCAAGAUGGGGUAUUUUCCCCUUUUACUGUGCUCUGCCAUACACUUCUGUGUAGUCUUAACUUUAUUUCUUUAAGUUGUCCCCUUGUCAGCAAAAGUGCUGUUCAAGGGAACUUAAAUGUCUGCAGGGAUGACACCUUAUGAAUGACAUCUUGUUUACUGCCUUUCAUACAAAUACCAUUAAUGAAUUCCUCCCAGCAGCAAUCCAGCAGCUCUGGUGAGGGGCUGGGAUUUGCAGGAGGGAUGCCAUGCUGUGGGAGUACCUUUCCUCCAGUUGCUGGGUAAUGUCAUUUAGGCUUUAUUUAACAGGCACUUGGUAAAGACAUCAGUUGUAGCUGAAAUAAUACACAGUUUACACCACUCCUUCUUGAUUCUUUUUGCAAUUACUUAGGCAAAUGACAGAAUUUAAUACAAUUACCAGGUUUUCCCUCCCUCAAAACUGCUUAGUCUAUUAUUCUAAGCAGUUCACUUUAGCAGAGGGAGAAGUAGUCAGGACAAUGGAAAUUGAGCAUUUGAAUCAGGCUAGCACAGUGCCUUUUUCCUCUAAUAGUCUUGCUUCAAGGGUGCUUAGGAGAUGGCACAUACAGACAGAAAUGUUUGGAAUGUGCCCUUUUCAAAAGAAAAUGUUAUUAGUUUCAUGAUGCCACUGUCCCUGAAGACAAAUUAAUUUCUGGAGUUGCUGUGAUGAAUUUGGCCUCAGCUGUGUUUCCUGGCCCUGCUGGCAGCAGUUCUGUGGGAGCUGCCUUUGUCACCAGGGCUGUCACUGCUUUGUCCUGAGUGUGACUCCAGCUGAGCAGCAAACAUCUGGUGUCACUGUCAGUGCAUGCUGACUGCAUUGCUGAAAUCAAGUAGUAGUACUGACCCUGCACUUCUGCCAUCUCCUUGCUGCUCCACUGUGCCUGCUUUUCACUGCCAAGAGCCAUGAGGGUGCAUCAGGUAGAGGAGAUGCUGACAGCCACACUGAGUCUGUCCUUAGAGGAUAACGAGCUUUGAUGUGGAUCCCACCAGAGCCAGAGCCCUCCCACACACCCCUGAUGUUCAGCCUGGGUUGAGCUCUGUGCUCUACCUGAAGCCCACAGUAGCUGAGACAGGGGGACUUGCAAAGUGUCAGCCACAGCUGUGUUUUCCCAAAGCUCAGAUUGCAGAAUCUGUCUGGGGCAGAGUCCUUGCCAUUGCAAAGCCAAUUCUUUCCCUGCUCCCACUUGCAGCUGGAGGCUGGGAUGCACCAGUUCAUAGCAGGUCUCUGGGUUUUCCAUCAGCAGCAUCUGUCCAUGGCAGGUGAGACAUCAGUGACUGUGAGAGAUGCUCUCUGCAUGGAAAUGGCUUUGGGUUUGUUUUUCAUGUUUUCUGUGAAUGUUACUCUACUGUAAACUUGCCAAGCCUCCGCUUGCUCAUAAACGAGGCUUGCAAUAUUUAUGACAAACACUAGUACAGAUUUCUAAAUAAAACACACUAUGCUACUCCUGUCUCCCACCCUCAUCAAUUCUCCUGCCAGUAGGCAGAAGGCAGUUCCUGUUACAGUCAGAUUCUCUGUCAGUGCUAUCAACUGUGCACAUUUUCUCCAAGUUAUGAAUGUUUAAAUAAUGUCUGAAUCAGGACUCUGUCUGUUUCACUAGUUACAAACAUUAGUCUGCAUCUUCAUGCCAGCAUUUUAUAGAGAAAGCCUUUCUAACAUGCAUUUUAGGUAACAUUCUGUUGACAAAUAGGAAUGUGAUAAAUGAUACUGAAAAAAAAAAGAAAACUAAAAAAACCCCGUGCCUGUUCUGUGGCUGUUUGUUUUCCUGUUCCUCUGAAUGCAAUGCAAUAUUGUGAUUAAUCAUGAGCCAAGCUAAAAGCUUGAGACACACAUACCCUGAGGUUAAGGCAUUGUGGGCAGUGGCAUUUCCUGACUGCAAUAUGUGUUGAGAACAAACACCCUUGUGUCCAUGGGUCUUCUCUGAUGAGAUGGUAGCAGCAGUGUGUCAAACUUUUCUUCUUCUUUAUGGAAGUGCCAUGAAAGACCUAGGGAAAUGUGCAAAUAAUGUAAAUUGUGAUAACUAAAGCCAUGUUAAUGGAUCAGCCAUGUAUAGCUUCACUGUUACAAAUGCUAUUCUCUGAUGGCAAUUUGUAUUCAAUUUUGUUAAAUGGUUUUUAAAACGUUGGUUUUAAUAAUAAAAAAGAAAUAUCUGUAGGAGAGUGUCCUUUUUUAAACCCAAUGUGUAUUUUUUCUCAAGGGACACUGUCAGGUUAAAGAUUUGCAAUGAAACUUUUAAAAGUGGGACUCCAGCAUGUAUCCAUGUGCAUGGGGGCUGUGAAAAUGAACUGUGUUGUGAGCCAGCACUUACAUGCCAAUAAUUUAUUUGCAUUACUGAUUCAGGGGUGCUCUUACACUUGAUGUGGUGACAUACACUGAACUGAUAGUUUGGCUCUUCUGUAAAGUUCACAAAUUCUUCUACCUGCACCACUGAUAGUAACUUAGGGUACUGGAAACUGAAAGUUUCAGGCAUGUCUCUUCCCUUCCACAGUUCUCCUUAAGUAUAAGCAGGAAAGCAGACAAUCACAUUGAAAAAUAAUGCAAACACUAUUUUAUGUUAUAAGUAAGAAAAAUAGCCCAAAACCUCACAGUGUCCCUUUAGCUUUGGUUCAUUGUAAGCAUCCAUUCUGACACAUGGAGCAAUGCAGAAGCAAUUUUGCCAGACUAUAUAUAUGCGUGUACAUAUAUAUAUAUAUAUAUGUUUGUUAAACUCCAUUUUGUAGGGUAUUAUCUGUCUACCAGUACAUCCCAGGAAAAAGAACAUUCAUCCAUGCAGAAAUAUGAAAAUAAAGGUGUCUGUGUGAAACGUGGUCUUGGUGUCACUGCA